CUGCACAGACAGCAGUGGAGGACAGUGAGAGGAUCUUUACUGAGCUCAUCCGCUCCAUUGAGAGAAGCCGCUCUGAGCUGAUACGGCUGAUCAGAGAUCAGGAAAAGACUGCAGUGAGUCGAGCUGAAGGACGACUGGAGCGACUGGAGCAGGAGAUCAAUGAUCUGAGGAGGAGAGACGCUGAGCUGGAGCAGCUUUCACACACACAGGAUCACAUCCAGUUCCUGCAGAGUUUCCAGUCUCUCUCAGCACCUCCUGAAUCUACAGAUGUAAAUGAUGAUCCCUUCAGUUCUCUCGUCCCUUCUGAUGCUCUGAGAGAAUCUGUCCAUCAGCUGAGAGACAAACUGGAAGAUUUCUGCCAAGAGGAGCUCAAGAAGAUCUCAGACAGAGUUGCUUCUACUACAGGUCUCUCUGCGUGCUACAACCAGUCUCCAGCAUAUCCUCAGAUUUCAUCCAAAACUACUGAUCUCAUAACUCCUUCUACAGCAAAGCUGAAACCUGUAGAGGAACUCAAAGGCUCUGCUCCAGUGGCUCCUCCAGCUAAAUUGUUUUCUAUUGGACUGUCUGGAGAUUCUGCUAAGAACACCGCCAGCACUGAUGUCAGCUUGAAGGGCUUCACAUCUGGAUCUCAAAAACCAGGUUCUUUUGGGUUUGGAUUGAAGGAUGCUGUAGUGACAUCUGCUGGCUCUGGAGCUCAGGCUGAGAAGAAAACAAUUCAGGCCGAUGCACCACAACAUAAGAAAGUGUCAGCAGCUCCAGCGGUCCCAUGUGACACUGCCCCCUGCAGCACUGAAAAAAGUCAUGCAACGCUUCAAGGAGGGUUAUUUUUGACUAAAAAAGAUGGACAGAGGGAUGGUGACACUUGCCUAGGAGGAAAUAAGGCUACAUCUAGCCACAGCAUUUUGUGUCAGACGGCAAAACCAAGUUUGAAAAACAAGACCUCUGCUGCUCCGUCAAGUUCCUCUUUUACCUCCAGUUUUGGUAGUUCUGUCUGCCAACCUGCUGUGACUGCAUUUAAAGCCAAUCCAGGCAAUGCUUUUCAGUUCAGUACAAGAACUGAUAAAGCAUCCUCAGAAGGCUUCAAGAUUGAGUCCCCUACAACUGAGGCUGAAAAGUCAUCAAGCAGUUCAAAUGUUUCAUUUUCCAUGCCAGUGUCCGUUGGUGUAUUCAGCUCUGGUACUGCAAAAUCUGAGGCAAAAACAUCAGACAAACAGUCACAAAAUGGAUCUACAUCAGACCUCCUCAAAAAUGUUGCUGAAGUUCACAAAGAGGAAGAAAAAGAGGCAGCCCCAAGUUCCUCAGAUCAGUCUGUAGAUGCUUGCGGUCACGAUAAUAGUCCCCUCAAUACUGAUGAAGGUUCUGAAAGCGCAGUGAGGAAUCUGAAGGGAAAGCCGUAUGUGGAUGGAGCUGAUGGAGUGUCUGAUCAUGCAGGUGUUUCUUUGGGAUUUGCAUCUGCAAGUUUGUUUUCAUUUGCAGACAUGGUCAAGAGUAAAGAGGAAUUUGCAUUUGCCAAAAACGAUCCUAAUUUUACAUGGUCAAACGCCGGAGCCAAAGUUUUUGGAUGUGCAGCGACACAAAAUGAAGAAAAAGAGGAGGGCAUUGAUGGUGAUGGUGAUAAUGACGAGAUCCACUUUGAGCCGAUCGUGUCUCUGCCUGAGGUGGAGGUGAAGUCCGGUGAGGAGGACGAAGAGAUCCUGUUCAAAGAAAGAGCCAAACUGUACCGUUGGGAUCGUGAGCUCAAUCAGUGGAAGGAGCGUGGCGUGGGAGACAUCAAGAUCCUCUACCACCCCGUGAAAAAGCGCUACCGUGUGGUGAUGAGACGCGAGCAGGUGCUAAAUGUCUGCGCCAACCACACCAUCAGCAAGAGCAUCGAGCUCAAGCCCAUGAACAUCUCGGCUAACGCGCUGGUGUGGACCGCCACCGACUACUCCGAGGGAGACGGGAAAGUUGAGCAGCUGGCGGCCAAGUUCAAGACUCCAGAGCUGGCCGAGUCCUUCAGACGAGCGUUCACAGACUGCCAGAGCCGCAUGUCGCAGACUGACGCUGCUCAGACAUCUGCCGCCGAGGCGCUUUCAAAAGAGUCCAACCCUGUGGUGUUCUUCAACAUCACCAUAGAUGGUGAGGAUGCUGGGAGAAUCGUCAUGGAGCUCUUCGCUCACAUUGUCCCCAAAACGGCGGAGAACUUCCGGGCUCUGUGUACGAGAGAGAAGGGCUUCGGUUACCUCCAGUCUGUCUUCCACAGGAUCAUCCCGGGCAUCAUGUGUCAGGGUGGUGAUAUCACCAACCAGGAUGGGACGGGAGGAAAAUCCAUCUAUGAAAAGAUGUUUGAAGACGAGUGCUUCGAGGUGAGGCGCACAGGGCCGGGGCUGCUGUCCAUGGCCAACCGUGGCAGAGAUACCAACAACUCACAGUUCUUCAUCACCCUCAAGAAAGCAGAGCACUUGGACUUCAAGCACGUGGCCUUCGGCUUCAUCAAAGAGGGCAUGGAUGUGGUGAGGAGAAUCGGAGAGCUGGGCGCUAAAGAUGGGAAACCCACGAAAACUAUCACCAUCUCAAAAUGUGGACAGAUUAAGUGAACUUUUCUAUGCAAACAACUGUUCAUCAUGUUUGAGAUUGUGUUCCCUGAACUCUUGCGUAAAUCAGGACUUGUAUAUGCAGUGGUUUUAUAUUUGUCCUGUAAGUGUGUUCAUAAAUUGCACAGCACUAGUUGACAAUGAAACUUAUGCUUUGCAAAAAAAAAAGAAGAAAAAAACGGUAACGCUUUAGAGUAGAGCCCACAAUUUACAGCACAACUCUUUUUUGUAACUAUAGUGCACCUAUACAGUACACUAUAAAAUAUGAAUAAAAUAAUAAUGGAAUAAAAUGUGAAGUUUGGGGAAU